AAAAGCACGUAGUAAUCCCCCGCUCCGUCCCCCCUGCGCGUCCACGUCGCCAGCUUCCACUGGCCAGAGCUCGGGCAGCUCCCGACGCAGCCUCGCCGUUCCUUCCGGCCCCGGGCUCCGCUCGGCUCCGCUCGGCUCUCGGCUGCCGCGCUCGCUUCGCCUUCGGCUGUUUCCGGAGCCGCAAGCGGCCAGCUGCGGAGAAGCUCCCCGCGCGGGCUGCAGAUGUCGGACAGGCAGGCGGCUGAGGGGCCGGCCUUCUGGAGCCCCGCAGCUCGUCGCGGGUCUGCGGGCGGCGUCGGGGACCGACGGGGAGUGGAGGGGAGCCAGGCGGCCUCUUCAGAGAAAGAUCUGGAGAACACUAAGGUCAACUCUGCACUGCCUUCUGCAUCUGAUCCAGAGCCCCCGUCCUCACCCUACAGGCCACAGAUGGUAUCUCCAGUGAGUAAGGAUACCACGGAAGAUCUACAGAAAGCGGCUGGUGCUUCAGAGGUUCAGGCUCCGGGGGAGCAGGAGCUGCCAGCAGGCCAGGCUCAGGUACACCGUGAGAUGGCCAAGUACCAAGCUCCACAACGAUCCGGAGACAUGGUCAUGAUCCAGUCUGAGCACACUGGAGCUGUAGAUGUCCUUUCAGCGGAUUUGGAAUCUGCAGAUCUCCUGGGGGACCACAGGAAAGUCUCUCCACCUCUGAUGGCUCCUCCGUGCAUCUGGACCUUUGCCAAAGUGAAGGAGUUCAAAAGCAAGCUGGGCAAAGAGAAGAACAGCCGUCUGGUGGUGAAGCGGGGAGAAGUAGUCACCAUCCGGGUCCCAACCCAUCCCGAGGGGAAGCGUGUCUGCUGGGAGUUCGCAACUGAUGACUAUGAUAUUGGCUUUGGAGUUUAUUUUGACUGGACCCCGGUCACCAGCACUGAUAUAACCGUGCAGGUCAGUGAUUCUAGCGAGGAUGAGGAUGAAGAAGAGGAAGAGGAGGAAGAGAUCGAAGAACCCGUCCCUGUGGGAGAUGUGGAGAGAGGCUCCAGGAGUUCCCUGCGGGUUCGCUAUGGGGAGGUCAUGCCCGUGUACCGGAGGGACAGCCACCGAGAUGUGCAAGCUGGCAGCCAUGACUACCCUGGCGAGGGCAUCUACCUGCUCAAGUUUGACAACUCAUACUCCCUGCUGCGCAACAAGACUCUGUACUUCCACAUCUACUACACCAGCUGAAGGCUGCCAGGCGAGGGCAGGCUGCGUUCGCUGGCUGAAGCAGGCUGCCAGCUGGUGCCUCUUGUCCAUAAGCAAGAGCCUCAAGUUCUGUGUGAGGCUCCUAAGCCUCGUGCCCUGCCUGGCAUGCCUGACUAUUGACCCCAUGUAGCUUUCCCCCUUUCUUGGCUUCUGCAGGUGGUGGUGUAGUGCUUCUGUUCUGUGGUUCCUGACUCACACUCUUGUUUCAGACUCCAGCAAACCCUCUCAGAAGGCAAAAGCCUAAAAUGAAGUAGAAGGGUGUCUUUGGAAAAUUGAUUCAUGCUGGUAAAGCUCAUCAUUCAGGUUGCCGCUCACCCUUCUCCAGAGCCUGGGAUGCCGAUGUACUUAGCAGCGCCUACCCUCUUACAUUUUGAGGUGCCAGAAGAGGGAAAAGCACACUGUCUAUGAAAGAGCCCAAUACUUUGGAUGGGGAAUGCUCCAUCCAGCCCCUCAGCACUGCCAUGUUCCUACCUGCUGGGUAUUUAGUCUCUAGCUCAGGCUGGGAGCCCUCACUGCCUUGGAUGGAUAUUAUUAUUCCUGAUGGGUAGACCUUCCUCCUUUCUCUGUACCGUCUCUGUUUCUGCCGCGUAGCAAGAACUUCCAAGCAGUUGCAAGCUGUGAUCAGUGUCCUAGGAUCUACUGAGAAGAAAAGUGGCCUCCAUCACUUCCUGUCUCCAGCGCUAUCCCCCUUACUGAGGGUACUGGUAGUUGAUGAAGAAAGGGUGGAAAGUGGGCACUGAAUUAGUUCAGAAGCUGCCUUUUUGGAAGUCGUCGUUGUCCCGAGUGCGCCCCCCCCCCCCACCCCAACCUCCAUCUUUAGGCUACGGUGUUAUUUAGAGAGUUUGCUUUGGAACCAAAUACAGUGAAACCCAAUGAGGUUUGCAAUGAU